GCCGAAUACGACAUCGUUGCUGCAGCCGUGUGAUCAAGGCUUAAUGGCCACAAUUAGGGCUUACUAUACGCAAAAUGUGAUGUGUUUUAUUGUAAGUGCUAUUGACAGAGAGGGCAACAACGAAGCAUCUUUGCGAGAGAUUUGGAAAGACUACAAUAUAAAACUGGCAAUCGCCAACAUUGGAGAUGCUCUCGAUAGGCUGAGAAAUGGCGUUUGGAGGAAACUAUGUCCCGAGGCAGUGAACGAUUUUAAAGGCUUCGAACCAUCAACAAUAAAUACGACAAUAGUGAGCUUGGCUAAGGAGGCUGGGUUUGUGGAAGUGGACGAAGGUGAUGUUGAAGAGGUUUUGGCAUCCCAUGACCAAGAAUUAACAGAUGAAGAGCUGAUGCAAUUGCAAGAGGAAAGGAUAACAAUCGAAACCGAACGCAGUAGCAAAAAUGAAGUCGUCCAGGGACUGAACGUGAAGCAGUUGCGUGAGAUUUUCGCUGCGAUUGACAGCGCUGCAAUGAUUGCAGAAAAGUAUGACUUUAAUUUUGAAAGGGCACGUAGGUUUAGAGCAGGAUUGCAGGAUGUCUUGAGUGCUUACAAAAAACUCUAUGAUCUAAAAAUGCGCGAGGCUCAGCAGUCAAGUAUACUGUCGUUUUUCAAGCUUUGCACAUCAGCCACAGCAGACCACGAACCUCGACCUUCGACAUCGAGGCAGGCAGACAUAGAAGAAGGUGACCUGGCUGCCCUAUUGGAAACAGACGACAAUGAGAUGACACCCCAGUCUCCUCUACCUCCCACCACCCCAAUUUCCGACGAUUCAGCCUAACACACCGUCCCCAUUCCCGGGAUGUAGCACGAAAAUGGCGGAUGGAUCUACAAUCAAAUUGUAGUUGUCUCAGUUAAUCAUGAUCCCACACUGCUGGUCCUCCAUCCACCUAGUAGAUAUGACAACUGACAAGCCCCAUGGAUGCCAUAAAGCAAGAUGGCAAUGAGUUUCACCAUGGAAAAUGCCACUGCACUGUGGGAAGAUGUACUCCAUUGAACUGAGGUGGCUCUAACCUAGCUACACUGCCCACAAGACUAUGAGCAAAGUGGAGGGAGCUUUACUCCAUGUUACCCCUCCCUGUCUAGAGAGAGUUUUAACUUGUA